AUGGCUAUACCAGUAGCAUUAAUACAAGGUGCAAGUAGAGGAAUUGGUUUGCAGUUUUGUAAGACUUUAUUAACAGGACCUAAAAAUAAUGUUGUCAUAGCUACUUGCAGGAAUCCAAGUUCAGCACAAAAUUUACAGAUAUUGAAAGAUGAACAUCCAAAAUCACUUCACAUCUUUCCUAUAGAUGUAACAAAUGAAUCUCAAAUACAACAGACUGCCUCAGAUAUAAGCUUGCAGUUUAAAAACUUAGACUUGUUGAUUAACUGUGCUGCUAUUCUACAUCCUAGUGGUAAAGGAGAGACAAGUUUGAGAGAUGUUUCGAGUCAGGGUGUGUUAGAAACUUUGUCUAUUAAUACAGUUGGUCCUUUGUUGAUGGCUAAAUACUUCUCACCAUUGCUAUUGAAAGGAUGCGGAGGGUUUGGUAAGGCUACAGAAAAUCAACAACAUAAAGCUGUAUUAGUGAAUAUGUCAGCUAAAGUUGGUUCAAUAACAGAUAAUGGGUUAGGUGGCUGGUACAGUUACAGAAUGGCUAAAGCUGCCUUAAACAUGGCAACCAAAAAUCUCAGUAUUGAGUUAGGACGUGGUAAAAAUAAAGUGAUCUGUGUAUCGUUACACCCAGGAACUGUGGACACAGACCUGUCUAAACCCUAUCAUAAAAAUGUGCCAAAAUUAUUUACACCAGAGUAUUCAGUAGAUUGCUUGUUAAAAGUUAUAGAAAGUCUGGAGAUAGAUGAUAGUGGUAAAUUUUUCACCUAUGAUAGGACACAAAUGCAAUACUGA